AUGAAACAGGCAGCCGCAAAGUCAUCCCUGAGGAGGCUUUGUCCGAACAUAGAUAGAGAGGAUGGAUUGGAGACCGUUCUUGAAAUACCAAUACCCGAAGAAAUGUUUGCAACCAUGGGAAACAAUGUGACAGUGCGGUGGCAGAACAUGUUAUCAUGGAUGAGGGGUCAAACAGAGGAUAAAUUGGCAACCCCAACCGUUGCAUCACGCUUAAAUGAGCUUCGUUUUUUGCUUUACCUUGUUGGAUCUCCUCUUAUCCCUCUUCAGGUCCAACUAGGCCAUUCUGUCCAUCGACCAGUCAGAGAUUGUUCCAUUGAAGCAUCAACGGCAAAGUAUAUAGUGCAACAAUAUAUAGCGGCGACGGGAGGACAACCAGCAUUGAAUGCAGUGGAGAGUAUGUGUGUGACUGGGCAGGUGAAGAUUAGUGCAUCAGAUUUUUACGCGACUAGUGAAAGCAUUGAGGUAAAGAAAACCUCCGAAGAGAUUGGAGGCUUCGUUAUAUGGCAGAAGGACCCAGAUUUGUGGUGUUUAGAGCUCGUUCUCGCAGGUUGCAAGGUUUGUUGUGGUAGCAAUGGCAAGGUCUCGUGGCGCCAUUCUUCUAACCAACAAACACCCGUUUCAAAAGGUGCUCCUCGACCACUUCGUCGUUUUCUUCAGGGACUGGAUCCAAGGGCCACAGCUAAUUUAUUUUUAGAUGCGGCGUGCAUAGGAGAGAAAAUAAUCAAUGAAGAAGAGUGCUUCAUCCUAAAGUUGGAGACAAGUCCAGCAAUUCGUGACGCUCAAAGCGGACCAAACUUUGAGAUCAUCCACCACACUAUAUGGGGCUAUUUCAGCCAACGAUCUGGUCUCUUAGUUCAAUUCGAAGACUCUAGAUUACUUACAAUGAGAACCAAAGAUGACAAUGAUAUUUUCUGGGAAACAAGUUUAGAAUCGGUAAUUGAGGAUUAUAAGUAUGUGGAUGGAAUAAACGUGUCACACAGUGGCAAGACUCGAGUUACAGUUUCUAGAUAUGGUGAACAAUCAUCUAAUCAUAAAAGAGAAUUAGAAGAGAGAUGGAAAAUCGAUGAAGUAGAUUUUAAUAUACGGGGUUUAACUGCUGAAGGCUUUUUGCCUCCAUCCAACUUAGGAAAGACAUCAAAUACUUUGUAA